AUGUCGGCCGCAGAGAGGACAAUGCAGCAGCUGUGGGCCCGCGUACUAAACAUUGAGCCGGAGAGCAUCGGACUGGAUGAUAGCUUCUUCCGCCUUGGUGGCGACUCAAUCGCAGCCAUGAAGCUUGUCGGCGAAGCGAGUCAAGAUGGAAUUCGACUCACUAUCGCAGAUGUGUUCCGACAACCCAAUUUGUCGCAACUGGUUCGCAUCUGUCGGGCUUCUAAUCAUGGGGUGCAAUUCAUACCUCCAUUUUCCCUGAUUCCGGCUCAUAUCAAAGAGGAUAUUCUUUCCAAGUCCAAUGUUUUCAGCACAGGAAUACAACCCGAAAACGUAGUUGACAUUCUUCCUGCUACCUACUCACAACAAACAUUUAUCACUCAAGGGAUUGACAAUCCUCGUGUGGCAUUCAACUACCUUUUUCUCGACAUAGGACCGCAGCUUGAUGUGGACCUCCUCAGACACAGUUGUCUUAAACUUAUCGACCACUUCCCAAUUUUCCGCACUCAGUUUGCUCACUCUCAAGGAAAACUUUGGCAGGCUAUUCUCCGCGAUGUUGGAUCACCUUUCACCAUGUUCAACGUCAAAGGACCGAUACCGCAAGAAUCGCAAAUGAUCUUCAUGCGAGAUAUGGAACAAUGCCAUCCACUUGGACUUCCAACUUCUUUCAUUCUCGUGCGUAACAGUUCCAAGGAGAAUCGAUUAAUUAUUCGCCUUUCCCAUGCUCAGUAUGAUGGUGUUUGUCUUCCAAUCAUAUUGGGAACACUUGUCUCUAUCUACCAGCAAAAGCCUCUGCGUCCUGCUAUUGGCUUUCAGACUUAUCUUGCGCACGCUCGUUACCAACAGACUACAUCAGGCCGUUACUGGCAAGAACUCCUCCAGGGCUCACACCUCACCAGGGCUACUACGAAGCUUUGUCCCAAGAUGCCAGAAGAGACUACCCCUCGUGUUGUUAGAGCCGAGAGAUCCAUAUACGCCCCUCGUCUUCCUGAGCACCUUACAAUGGCCUCUCUUGUUAGUUCCGCCUGGGCUGUGGUCCUCUCUAUCGUCACUGGGGAAGAAGACGUUGUGUAUGGACAUGUGAUUGCGGGCCGCAAUUCGGAUAUUUCUGGUGUUACAGAAAUAGUCGGGCCUUGCUUGAACGUAGUUCCGGUCAGGGCUUUUACACCUUCCACGAAAACAUCCGAAGACCUUAUCCGCUCUGUCCAAGAGCAAUACGUCUCACUCGGACAAUCAGACUCAAUGGGGUGGGAUGAAAUUAUGCAACAAUGUACAAACUGGCCCGCUGGAUCCCCGUUGGACUCGGUGUUUCAGCACCAGAACAUUGAUGCGGAGUUCGAAAUACAUAUCGCAGGAGAAACUACGAAGGUUCAAUGGUUUAACAAUCCCUUUACAGUGCCGUCUUAUCUGAGUGUCUGGUCGCAACCACAAGGCAACAAGCUCAAGAUUAUGAUCGCUGGGAACACUCACAUCUUAGCAGCCGAAAUGGCGGAUCCGCUACUUGAUAUGCUAGUCGAAGCAGUCAAAACGCUUUCAAACAACCUACAGGCACCCCUUGCUUCAUGCAAAUCGUUCUUACCAGCAUGCACUUGA